CGGCCGGCGCUCACAGGUGCGGCGGCAGCGCGUGCGGGACCCGCGGCGGGAGUCAGGGCCCGGGCAGGCGGGCGGGCGCGGAGCGGGCAGGGGCCGGAGGAGGAGCUGAGACCCGGAGGGCGCAGCGUCCCGGGCCCCGCGGGUUCUCCCCGCGCCCGGCGCACCCGGGGGCCGCCGUCCGCAGCGGAUUGCGCCCCCGGCCCCGCAGCAGCCGCAGGAAGGGUCGUCCGCCAAGGACAGGGAUCCGCGCCCAUGGCCGAGGCCACGGAGCCAGCGCGGGGCGCCCCAGGUGCCCUGGGGCCGCUGGAGGGCCUGGCCCCUGCGGCGGAGGGAGCGGGCGAUCCGAGCGCUGCGGACCCGGAGGCGACGGGGGAGGGCACAGCCGCGACGGCCGGGCUGAAGGCGGGCGAAGGCGCGGGGCCCGACGGAGGGCGUGCGGGUGACUCGGGGGCUGAGACGCGGGCAGCGAGCGGAGCGCAGGGCGAGGCAGAGGCCCCGGAGGGCGCCCGGGAGGGCGAGGAGGCCGCCGGGCGCGGGGAGGAGGCGAGCGGCCCGGAGCCGGUGGAGGAGCCGGUGGAGGAGCCGGUGGAGGAGGCGAGCCCGGGGCGCGGUGCGCAGGGCGAGGCGCGGGGGGAGGCGCAGGGGGCGCCCCGAGACCCCGAGGCCCCCGGAGCAGAGGCGGCGGCGGAGCGCGGCCCCGAGGGGCUGGGGAGCAGCGGGCCCGCACCGGGGUCGGGCGUGGAGGCCGGGGGGCCGGAGGGAGGGGCACCCGGGGAGGAGGGCGAGCCCGGGGGCGGAGGGCACCGCGGUCCUCAGCCCCUGAUGGAGGCGGCGGAGAUCGCGGCGGCGGAGAGUGGGGGCUGCAGCUGCGGGGGGCUGGUCGGGGCGCUUCGGGGUGCGGAGGCGGGAGCUGCGGAGGAGGGCGCGGCCCCGGGGACCGAGGCGUCGGAGGCAGCGGCCCCCGGGGAUGCCGGGGCAGAGGCUGGCGGCGACGGGGACCAGGGGGGGCCCCAGGAGGAGCUGGAGGAGGCGGCGGCGGAGAGUCCAGUGCGCGGCCCGGGUGGGGCCGGUGAGGAGGCCGCGGGCGGGGGCGAGGAGGGGGCCGCCGACAGCAGCGAGGACGGGGAGGCGCCCGCGCAGCCCGGGGCCACCGAGCUCAGCAACCACCUGGCAGAGGAGGGCGCCCUGGAGGAGGAGACGGCGCCGGUGAAUGGCCGCGGGGAGGACGGCGAGGCGUCCGAGGAGGGGACCCCGGGCCGGGAGCACGACAUCACCCUCUUCGUGAAGGCCGGCUGUGACGGGGAGAGCAUCGGCAACUGCCCCUUCUCUCAGCGCCUCUUCAUGAUUCUCUGGCUAAAGGGCGUCAUAUUUAAUGUGACAACAGUGGACCUGAAAAGGAAGCCCGCCGACCUGCAGAACCUCGCUCCGGGGACCAACCCGCCUUUCAUGACGUUCGAUGGGGAAGUCAAGACGGACGUGAAUAAGAUCGAGGAGUUCUUGGAGGAGCGCCUGGCUCCCCCGAGGUACCCGAAGCUGGGGACCCAGCACCCCGAGUCUAACUCCGCCGGGGAUGACGUGUUUGCCAAGUUCUCAGCGUUUAUAAAGAACACCAAGAAGGAUGCACACGAGAGUGAGUGUCUGCCGCCUUCCGGGGCUCUGCCUCCAGCGGGGCCGCCCCUCGGCCUCUGUGUGGUUCGGGGUCCCGGGAACCGCGCCUCCUGGCACAGCGGGAGGCCUGUGCCUAGCGAUGAGGGAAACGUGCCUCCACCUGGACCUGCAAUCGUGGCCAAGCGGUACCGAGACUUUGAAUUUCCCUCUGAAAUGACCGGCAUCUCGAGGUACCUGAGAAACGCCUACGCCCGGGACGAGUUCACCAACACGUGCCCGGCCGACCGGGAGAUCGAGCUCGCCUACUCGGACGUGGCCAAGAGGAUGAAGUGAAGGGGGCCUGGCCCGGCAGGCGCGGCUCUGGACGGUGCCCUCUGCGUCUCCCGCAAUAGCCACCCUGCGCCGGAGAGCGCCCCUGUUUUAGUAACGCCCCAGGCUGACCCUCUUACCACCAGACGGCACGGGGCUGUCACCGUCCCCCCCCCCCCCCCCCCCCGCGUGCCUCUGAGCAGCACCGGCCCCGCCUGCUGUCCCCGGACUGUCGUUCCUCUUCGUCGCCGCCUCUGACGGUCACCGGCGUCGGGAUGUUUCGGGCACGUGUUUUGCAGUUAAAGUUCCAAAGCAAAUCAGGUUUGGGCUCAGUGCCUCCUUUAAUGAAAACGGCGUCUGCCUCUGAUAUUCUCAAGUCGUUAGCCCGCUUUUCUCUCUGAUAGUAUUGUAACUUUUUUCAGAAUGAAACUGCUGUUUCUGUAAUUACCCAGUAACAGGUGCCGACUUUAACAUUUUUACACAAUGUCAGAGAGUAGAGAGAUAGAAGAAAAAGAUCACUUGAAAUUUCACUGCCCUGAGAUAACCGCUGAUAACCGACUGGGGGCGUCUCCAGACCUUCCGUGUCUCUCUCUUCUCGCC